CUUUCGAUCAACAUCGUCUCCCUCUCGAGCGUCGACAGAUAGAAAGAAGGGCAGAGCAAGCAAAAUGGCAGUGCAAGCACCGCCCGUGGCUGUGCGCCUCGCCUGGCGAGUCGUCGCCUUCUCGGCGGGCAUUUGGGCCAUCCAUGCCCUCUUCACCAAGCUUGAGGGCCUGAUGGGUGUCGACCUCUCGUCAAUGUACGGCGGCCACUACCAGUUCCUCACGAACCUCGGCCUGAUUUUUUCCGUUAUUGCGCAUGCAUUUGCCAUUCUCUCGGACCUGGCCCCGGGUAAUUCCUUCAUCUACCAGACAAAAACAGUGCUCGCCAUUGCCGCUUUGCCCGUCGAGGCACUCAUCACGAUUCUCUACUGGACCAUCGUCUCCAUUUCGCCCGACCUCCUUGUGCCACCGCGGGAGGUGGCUGACCCCUUGAACCCGGGGCAGGUCCUGCUCGAGAGCGUUCGCCCACCAAUCGACAUCGACGUUGCCAUGCACGCCUUGCCCGCCGUCUUCCUCACCGUCGACCACCUCUUCCUCUCUGCACCCUUUCCCAAGCACAUUCGGCCCUCGCUUGUCAGCGCAAUGGCGACGCUGCUCUAUUGUCUCUGGAUCGAAAAUUGUGCCUCGCACAACGACGGCAACUUCCCAUACCCGCUCAUCACCGCCCUCAACCUGCCUCAGCGUCUUGGCCUCUACGCGCUCUGCUCGACGAUUAUGAUCGGUGUGCUUGGCCUUGUCCGCUUCCUUCACGCCUUCCUCGAUGAGACCUUCGACAGAUCUUGGCAAGGCUCUCAAGAGCAGGUUGCAGAUGAGAAGCGAGGUCACAAGAAGAAGCAAAAGUAGACAAAAAGGCCUUUUCGCAACACCGCUGCUCUCUUGUUAUGUAUCUCAGUCUCGGCAUCUUCCUAAGCUUCGGCCUGCUCCUGGCAAAAGAAGCUGCGUAUUCUAAAGGCGUCGCACUGUAUAGAGCCGCAGGAAGAACUGAACCUCUCAUCAAUCGAGCAAUUCGAAAGAAAGGGAAAGCCGCCUCGUAGGG